AUGUCGACCAACCCCAAAACCAGCUCCGAAAAACCACAGCCCAACACAUUCGUCUUCAGGAUCAACAAGACGAAUUCGAAGAACAAGAAACCUAAGAUCCAUGGCAAGUUCCUCUAUAUGUGCUCUCCAACCAAGGCGAACUUCGAGAGCCUGAUGCAGCGAGCCCAAGAGAUCUAUCCGGGCACCGGAGCCAACUACGUCCUUUCGAUUGCCCUGCGCGAAUCCAAUCCCAUCAGCUUGUUCCCCUUCGACUCCUUCCGCAAGUUUGCCAUCAUCGUCGACGCCAUCAGACUCAAACCCGGCGCCAUCCCCCGCGACCGUCUCCAACGCAUGAUCAUCGACGUCUUUGUUGCCAGCAGAGCUUGCUCCCCCGACGAUCCCCCUCCCGCAAACUCCACAAGCUCCAGAUUCACCAAGGCGGAAGCUCAAGCGAUCAGAGAACGGGUCGCAGAGGUCCUCAAAGUUACCGAUCCUAAGAGUGCUACUCCACUCGAUCCUGACCUUGAUCAGUAUAUGGAGUUGUUCAGAAAUGCUUCACUCAUCCCACCGGGUAUGUCCUUGGAGGCUGCGUGCAAGUUGCCUCAGGGAUCGUCAUCAGCUGGACCAUCAGACCACGCCAAGGAGUCUUCAAUCGAUCCUCCGCCCCUCCCGUCGAAUACCACGUAUGCGGAUAUGGUCAAGGCCGCUCCCGGAUCUUCAUCAGCUGGGCCAUCAAGCCACGCCAAGGAUCCCUCGAUCGAUUUCUCUGCUCCCACCUCCCAGACCGCCCCAUCCGAUUCCGCUGACAUCCAGCCCUCCACUGAAGCCUCCAAAGGCCAAGCUGACCCCCCCUCUCAACCUCUGGCUGCCCAGCCAGAGCCAGGGUGCAAGGCUAAUGCCCUCCCGAAGGCAUUGGUUGAACAGCUCAACCACCCGACUGCCGUCGAUCUGCACUCGACCUUCGAUCAGUCCAGCAACUGGUACGGAAUCUUGUUCGAGGUCUUCCGGGACGAUUCUCGCUUCGUCGUCUCACCUCAAACAACUCAGGCCGGCUUGUUGACGCUGCAGGUCUACUUCCUCCCAGCGGACGGCCGAGCCGAGCUUGUCUUCAUGGCCCAAACCCAUCCCGUCGACGCCGUCCUAUCCGCUUACAAGAGGCAACAAGCGGACGACCAAAUGAGGAGCUACUUAUCGGACCAUGCCCCUCAUGUGACCAUACCUACAUUCCACGCCGUCAACGUUUGCGGUGCCAAAAUGUCGUUCUAUAUGGUCGAGUGCCAGUCUGGACGGAUUCUUCCCCGACGCGAAAGCAACGAUUCGGUGGAUCAUGUGCUGCCUGCCCAUCACCUCAUGAACCUAUGGACGUCGGAGCUGGGCACGCCGGCUGGCGAGGAGACCUUCUUUUCGUUGAUCUCGGAGAUCCGCUCCAUGGUUAGCCGCCAUGUGAAGACCGAGUCGUCGAUCGGAAAUCGCCCCGAGCCCCAGUCCACCACAUACGACCAUUUGUCAUCCUUGGGAGCUUUGAACCGAACUAUCCGCGGCACGUUUCCCUCGGGACGUUAUCGCCUCACUCCGUUAUGGCACAAGCGCGAAUCGAUCCAUGGCGCAAGCUUUGCCACCCUCUGUCUGUUGGUUUCCGACGCCGAGAAUGGGCCGGUGUUGAUAGUCCAACACUCUCCUGACCUCGGCACCGCCGCAUGCCGCUAUAAAUGCGACCAAAUGGUCCGAGAGUCUUUCAACCUCAUCGCGCCUGCUUGCAAGAACGCAAAGCUCCACGGCCUUAGCGUGUUGGAUAGCCAGGCCAGGUUCUAUCAACUCGACAUUGCCACUCGCCUCAUUACUCCCAAAACUUCUCCCGUCGACCUGGCUGAUCGCGUGUUGCCUCGUGAUUAUCUGUCCGGCGCUUGGGACGCGAAUGUUCAACAAGCUGGUGUCUUCGUGGAGCUUGAGAAGAUUGAGGCCGACUGCCGAGUGAAACCCUCUACCGGCCCAUCCACACACCAAGCAAACAAGAAAUCGACCGUCGCCGAGCCAUCCUCCCAGGCCAAGAUCUCUCCUGCCCCUCAGGUGCAUGGCUCUCAACUGAGAGUGCUCGAUGAUUCCCAGCUGCAAUUCAUGUGUGAUAGCUGCAAUACAUCCAUCUCUGGCUUCCGAGCCAAGUGCGACCAUAAAACCUGUCCCGACUUCGAUCUCUGUGUUAAAUGCUAUGGUAAAAAGGACGAUGUUCAUCCAGGACACCCUUUCAGAUUAUUGAUCCAACGCAAGAGCAAAGAUCCUUUCUCAAUCUCAAGCUUUGAGAAAGCAUGGUCGCCGGCCUCACAUAAAUUAGCUAUCUGUGAAUCAUGUUCGUCCGUCAUCCCAGGCGUCGACAAAAGAUCGCCCGCCUCCACUGGCCCUCCAGACCUCUGUCAUGACUGCUCGGCCGGUCGAAAGGAGCCACCGGCGCCUAGGAAAACUGGUAUGGAAUUCCAUACAACUGGUAUGGAAUUCCAUAAUGGCGCACGCGUGGUUGCAUCACCGCCGCGUUUGUCCAUCAAAUGCGACAACUGUUUGGAAACGAUUACUGGGUUCAGAGCCAAAUGUUCUCAUGCCGACUGUCCGGAUUUCGAUCUAUGCUCGAACUGUUUUGCCGAUUACGAUCGCCUCACUCUCCAUCCAUCCGACCAUGCCUUCAACACCUUUCAAGUCAGGGCAGAUGCGGCAGGCGCUGUCAUCUCGUGCGACCCGCUCAGCACCCGGCCCCGCACUCUUGGCCCACGCGCUGCUUCUGAAGAGAUCCACUAUGCGGUCUCAUGCCGCACGCUCAACGACCGCUCUGCUUCUGACAAGACUCACCAUGCGAGAUGUGACUUGUGCACCCAACGCAUAUCUGGAAUCCGAUGGAAAUGCAUGGAUUGUGUGGAUUGGGAUAGUUGUGAAGGGUGUCUAAAGAACGUCCCCGCGGUCCAUCCCUUCCACAGACUCGUGCCCAUCAAUGACCCCAGCCAACUUAUCCAUUUGCCGGCUCAACACCUAACCAACCACCCCAACGUGUUCUGUGACGGAUGCGACGAGCCGAUCCGCGGGAUCAGGUACAAGUGCUCUCACUCGAACUGUCCCGAUUACGACCUCUGCAGUCGCUGCGAAUCGUCCCCGAUCCCGAAACACAAUGUCGAGCACGUCAUGCUCAAGAUCCGUGACUCGCAUACUUGGCGUGCUGGAGUCUUGCAGUCCAAAGCCGAUCAGACUUAUCAUCGUCACCAGACUAAUUUCGCGAUCCCAUCGGCCGCGAAGAACGUCGCUGGGUUGUCUAAUCCUAAGCCGACCGCUGCUUCGAGUCGCGACUUGAGGCCCGCACCCACCGAAAAAACGGAAGCUAUUUCACUCCAUGCGCGAGUAUUGGUGCACGAAGAUCCGGUCUCUCGUCCCCAGAGCUCUUUGGAUAGUCACGAAUUUGAUCAAGUAAUCCGUGCGCCAAAAUUCCAGCCGCUUGUUACCCAACCAUCGCCCUCGACCAGAUCUCCUUCGAUCAGCGCUGAAACCAUUGGCAGCUUCCCGCUCAAGGCUGAUGUGGAGGAGCCGGGCCUUGAAUCUAACUCCUCUCAUGGUCCGAGUGUGGUCGUUGAAACCCCAGGCGAAGUUCUUGUCGACUCGGCUGCAUCAUCCUCUACCAACCCACUCGACAGUUCCCGCUCCGCCCCAGAGCUUCCCAAAGCCCACAAUAAACUUGGCCUUCCUGGUGCAUUUCCUGACGACAGCUACUCCGCGGAUUGCCUCCCCGCUUCCUCCCAAGCGUCGCUGGACCAGGCUAUGACCUCUUCUGGAGAGCCCAAAGCUCGAUAUGGGGCGAGCUUUGUGUCGGACUUGAACCUUCCUGACGGCACGUGCGUGUCGGCCGGGGCCCGGUUCACGAAGAUCUGGAUGGUCCGGAACACGGGCUUGGAGGCCUGGCCGGCCGGGACGCAGAUCGUCUUCAACGGGGGCUUCCACCAUUCCUCACACGAGUCCUUCGCGGUCCCUUGUGCGCAAUCGGACGAGACGGUGGAAGUGUCGGUGGAGACGAUGGCGCCUGAGGACUCCGGCGGCUACAUGCAGGUCUGGCGCCUCGUGAGCCCCGCCGGGACCCGCUUCGGAGACCGGCUCUGGAUCAAUCUCCAGGCUAUCUCCGAGGACCAGGUUAACAUCGACGACCCGAACUCCGAGUCCCUGUCCACCUCCGUCGGCUUCCUCCUCCCCAACCCCUCCGACCGUCCCUCACACGACUUCACCAGUCCUCACUCCGACCCCUCGAACCUUUCUCCUGGCCCCUCUGGCCCCGACCAUGACCACCACCCGGGCGCUGCGGCAGACUCCCACCACCCUCGCCAGCCGCUCCCAUCGCCCCGCUUCGACACCCUCUCCACCGGCCAGCCCGGCUCUGCCCUCUCCUCCGAGCCGUCCGACUUCGACCACUUGUCCUACGAAUUCACCUCCGACAACGGCGACAGUGACGACGCCCCUGAUGACUCGUUCGACUUCGAACUCGUCACCGACGACGACGACUCCGCCCACUAA